AUAAGCAGAUAUGGCUACAGCGCCCCCACCUGGGGAGGUAGAAAGUCUGAAUCGACUAUUGUUUAUCUUGGAAUGGGGCAUGUGUGUUCUCUUUCCUCUGUGUUAUGUCACUAUUUCUUGGCUGCACCUCCUCCCUCAUGCAGUUUCUGCUUUCAGUUUUAGUGUAUUUUGCACCAUCAGACGAGAAAGUGUGUCCAAGCUGAAGCUGAGACACCUACACCAGGGAGAUCUGCGCCUGGAGAGGACUAUUAACAGGUAAUGGAGCUCAGUCUGAUCCUUCUCACCUUUGUUUUCAUCCUGUCUAAAGCCAAAACUACUGACCCUGGAGUAAAGGGAAGGCUGACCCUAAAGGGCCUACAGUAUGCUUGGCAGGUGGGCUUAGAGGAGAUGCAGAAGAGGCUGGAGACUGUUCAGAUCCCUGACUUUAGUGGCUCUGUCUCUGUUGCCGUCCUUGGUAACAUUCACUAUUAUGUUACAAAGUUACAGAUACAGAAUCUGGAUCUCUCCUCUUCAGAUAUUUCAUUCUCACCUGACACUGGAAUUAGUGUCUCCAUCAACAAUGGGCAAAUCCAUGUGACGGGACUCCUAGAGAUCCAAAACUGGCUCUUCUACGCGUCAUCCUGGUUGGAGCUGAGCAUCCAAGGUCUGACACUGGACGGUGUUCUGGGGAUCACUAGUGAUGAUAGUGGACAUGGAGCUGUAUGGAAUGCUGGGUGUGCCUCCAGUGUCGAAUAUGUCAACCUUUGGUUCCAUGGAGGAGCUGGGUGGCUAUUUGACAUGUUUAAAAACUCAAUCAUGGGACCCAUACAUGAUGCUCUACACCAUCAGAUUUGUCCUGAGUUUACAAAAACAGUUGAACAUAUGGAAAAAAUUCUAAGCAACUUCCCAGUUUCCUUACCUGUGGACCAAGUUUCCUCAUUUGAGAUCUCAUUGCUGGGUCCUCCAAACAUCACAGAGAAGAGCUUUGAUCUCCUGGUGAAGGGUGAGUUUGUGGGUCGGUCCCAUCACUGGGAUCUGCCAUUUCCUCCAGAAAAGCUUGUUCUGCCAGACAUUGACUCCCGCAUGCUGCUUCUGGCACUGUCUGAGUUCACCGCAAACUCUGCCAUGUUUGUGCACUAUAAAGCUGGGGCGUUGGGAAUAAAUAUCACUGAUGACAUGAUCCCGAAGCAAUCUCCCCUGCGCCUAAAUGUGAAGAAUCUAGCCAUGUUUGUGCCAGAGCUCCCCAGAUAUUUCCCGGACUCCCCACCGCUUCUCCUUGAAGUAUCGGCCCAAUCAGCCCCAACCGUCAGCUGCCAGCCAGAUUCCCUAACCGUGCAGGUGUCUGCAGACAUCCAAGCCUUUGUCACGUACCCAAACCAGACACAAAUUCCUAUAUUUCAGAUGCAGGCGAACUCAGUUACAGCGGUCAAUGUGGUCUUAUCCGAAGAGACAAUGGGAGCAACCAUAUCAGUAAAAAAUUUUUCACUGACACUGGUUCAUUCCAGCGUGGGCCCUGUCAAGAUGGAUGAUCUGCAGAGAAUGCUGAACCUUGGCCUGAGAAUAAUGACCCCAGUGCUGAAUGAGCGGCUGAGAAGAAUGUUCCCACUGCCAACACCUUUGGUCCAUCUCCAGGACCCUGUCGUUCGUGUACUGCAGGGAUAUAUAGUCCUCAUGACUGAUCUCCAGGUGACGCCAUUCUCUCGCUAUUACAUGAACCCGGAAAAUCAUCUCUACAGCGAGCACUUCAUUGUGCUCUGAGCGGCAGCUUUCAGCCCUAAGAGAUUAGUACAAUCAAUAGAUAAUCAAUAUCACUGGGGAAUCCAUGAACAGCUAAUAUGAUCAUAAGAAUAAAGUUACUGUACAAUUCUUUCUAUUGUUCUCUGCUAUCAGCCAUUACAGGCUGGGAAGAUACUGGCUGGUUAGAAUCAGCUUUUUAAACCUUGAAAUCCUACAAAGCAUGAACAAGCAGGGCUGCAGUGUAAAGUAUGGUGUAUAACCCAGAAUAAUAAAGUUUACACAGGAUUGGUAUCUGGA